AUGCUAGACACAGCCGAUAAUUACGAUGCGAGAAUUGAAGAGAUUGAAGACCGGAUCAGUGCUUUACCCGAAGAAUUGCUUGUGAUGAUACUCUUGUCUAUCCCGAUUAAAGAAGCAGUAGCGACCAUGAUUUUGUCUAAGCGAUGGCGUUUUAUGUGGACGAUGUUGCCUAAGCUUGACUACAAAGAAUACGAUGACGAGAGCAAGAAUAGCGUUUGGUGGUUUCUUGACAAAUCAUUGCAAGUCCAUAAAGCACCUGUCUUAACUAACUUGUUUAUGCAACUCGGUCGAUGGUGUCCAUCAGAUGCUGAUGUGGGAAAGUGGGUUGCGAAAGCUGUUGAUCGCGGCCUGGUUUUUCUAAAAUUCGAGCUCCGCUGGUCCGCAGAACCAACCAAAUUGCCCAUGACCCUUUACUCUUGCAAAUCUCUCGAGAUACUGACUCUUUCCCACAAGGUUCUUGUGGAUGUUCCUUCUUCCGCCUGGCUCCCAUCACUGAGAGUGCUCGAACUAAACCGUGUGGUUUAUAAAAACGAGGAUUCUCUCAUUAGGCUCUUAUCAAGCUGCCCCAUUCUCGAGGUUAUUUUUGUGACACGGGAAAAGGAUGACAAUGUGAAAAAGUUCACUGUGAAAACUCCUUAUUUAUUGGACUUAUGGUAUAGUAAUGAUAAUAUAUCGGACAAUGAUGUCGAAGAUACAGAUAGUUGUGUGGCUAUUGAUACACCAGCAUUAACAUGCUUAGACAUCAACGAUAAUUCAGGAAACUAUUGGUCGAUUGAGAAUACGCCUUGUUUGGAGGAAGUGUACAUCAAUGUUGAUCGGUCUUUCCCUAAUGUUGACAAGUUCUUAAGAUCUUUCUCAACAGUCUUAUUUCUUGAGUUGAUUUUGACUGAGAACAUGAUUGUGUGUUCUAGCACCAUCAAAUUCUCUCGACUGACAAAAUGUAAGAUAUUUCCGUGUGACACAAACUGGAUGGGUUCAUUUGUGUCUUUCCUUCAUAAUGCUCCGAAACUAAAGUUUCUUAUAAUUGAUUAUAAAGCAACCCAUCGACCCCCGGUUACCUCUAUUUCGUGGAGCGACUCGAGCUAUGAUCCCGAAUGCUUAUCAUCAAGUCUGGAGAAGUUUGAGUUGAUAGAUUAUGGCGGAAGGGAAGAAGAGCAAGAAUUGGUAGAAUACCUCCUAACCACCGCUAGAUGUUUAAAGACGGCGACAAUCUACUUGUCCACCUUAAAACUUGAAGACGAAGACAUAACGAUGGAGGAGCUGAAAGCUAUUCAAAGGGUUUCAAUAACAUGCCAGCUUUUUUUCAAAACUUGA